AUAGUAGUAACAAUAACAGUGGUGGUAACAAUAGUCGCAGCAACUGCCAGAACAAUAGCGAAAACAAAAGAAGUCAGUCGAUUGGUGUCUUGGCUCUUAAAAGAAAACUGCAAUCGACCAAUCAGGACUCGUCUAUGCAAGAAUGUAAUCCACGUAAACUAGGACGUCACAUGUCGCCAUGUUACAGCAAUAAGAACAGCCAUAGCGACGGACAUCUUUAUCUGUCCGCCAUUAAUGCACUCGGGGGUGCAGGAGGUUAUACAGGUCAAUUAUUAGUCGGAAGUGGAGGCGGAGGUGGUGGUUACACAUACAAUAGCAAUUCGUCUAAUACAUCCUCUUUUUCAUCACCGUCAGCUUUGCUUUCAUCAUCUUCAUCAUCAAUGACAUCGUUAUCGUCUUCCAAUGGAGAUCUUCCAUCCGGCUUAGAUUUCUCCUCAAGUAGUUGUAUGUACGGUCCAAUUCAGUGUUUGACUCCCAUAUAUUACCAUAACUCUGCAUUGGCCGGAAGUCAGAGCAAACAGCUUAAGCAAUUAGACAUUAAGACUUUGACUAACUACAACUACUCGUUUUGGCAGUCUUCGGCAGAGGAAACUUUCACAGCACCACUAGAAAUAGCAGCUAUUCCAGAUGGUAUAUUGACUCCAGAUCCUUCUCCUGCAUCGUCGCCAGAUCUGACCUUGCAAAAGACCGAAACUAGUGUAACUAAAGUCAGAGAAGUAAACGUUAGUAUCAAUGAGGCAGCCAAUAAUGCAGAUCCUACAGCAUCUACGGUGCUAACCACGACAUUAAUAACGACGAUACCAACUACAAAAAAGAUAGAUGAAGGGGCAACCACAGAAAACGGAACCCUGGAAACUGUCCUAUCACCUACAUCAUCUUCAUCAGCAUCAAGAUCGAGCAUAUUGUCCUUACCAACAGCGCAGCUGAAGAAAAAACGGAAAAUGUCAACAAACAAUGACAAUUUGACAAAUUCUAACUCCCACCAGUCACCUUUAACAGACGAUAUUCACUCUCAGCAAUAUGUACAGCAGCAGCAGCAGCAGCCGCCGAUGAAAUCUCAGAAGUUGUGUAAUUUGCACAAUGAAAACAAUUGUGGUUUAUCAAAUCGUAAUACUUCCUGUAGUACAAAUAGUAAUAGCAAUGGUGUAUUGCGUAGCAUUCCUGAUGGUGUUUGCAACAGUAGUAGUAAUAGUAGCAGCAGCAGUAAUACCAGCUACACUAACUCCAAAUGCGAAGUGAAUAACAAUAAAACAAAUACAAAUAAUGGUGGCAGUGAUUACGUACAAGCGUUAUGUAAUGAAAUCAAUUUAUUCAGUAGCUUUGGCCAGCAACAGCAUUUUCAACCGCGUCGUGCAGUGGAACUUCCGGUUAUAGACCCAAAACUGGUGGAAACGUUUUUCGACGAGAUUGCUACAAAGCGGAAGCAUUUGUCGAAAAUGAGACUUCCCUCACUAAGACGCCAUCUUCCGGAUUUAUCUGUACAGGAGCUGGAGAAUAUCUUAACAACCAGUCUAUCUAAAAUGGCAAGCGUUUCGUCCACUUCAGACACCCAGCUUCCAGAAACACCAUUGAAUAUUCAAACUUCGUCCAUUGCAGCUGUUGAUGAUGAUGCUGUUGCCGCCGCCAACGCUGUUAAAGCAAAUUCACCAGUAAUCAAAAAUGAAAUUUCCAACGAAUUCAUGCUGUGUCAGCGAUUUAGCUGUAAAAACAAUAAUAGCGGGUUUAGAACGAAAACAGCUUCCUUUUCUUCACCAUCGUUGUCGUCGUCAUCGUCAUCGUUAUCAUCCACAUCGUCGUCGUCCCCAUCAACAACAAUGUUGUUGCCCUCUCUACUUGCACCCGAAGACAUAGUAAAAAGUGAACAUGCAAUACCAUGUCAGCAUCAAAUAUCAUCAGAUUCGAAAAAUGCAUUUGGUGACCGCAAUAAUAACAACAACAAUAGCAACAACAAUAAUAAUAAAUAAUUGUCAUCGCAAUGCUUUCAAAACCUUUUGCCUCAGUAACAUUAGCUGCAAAGAAAAUGGUGACAACAGGGCUAGCAUUAGACACUUCGGUUUACAUGAAAAUUGCUUUCUUCCAUCCUAUAUGAACAGUCCAGAAAGUAUGAAUGAUGAGGAGUCAAAAAGUGGUCAAAAUUCGGAGAACAGCUUGGAUAUAGCAGAAAGUAUGGAAUUCAGUGGAAACGAUUUGUCAGAAACUUCAGACUGGCGAGAAAAUAAUUCCGUAGAAAUUCCGUCUGAUAUUGAAGAUUGGUUAGAUCAGAUAAUAAAAUCGUGGCAACAAAACAAAGGUACAUAUAUUUUAUUUUCCACU